AUCAACGCACCUCAGCAAUUCACACCGUUCGACCGUUCGUGCUUCCCUAUAUUCUCUUGUAGAAGUCCUAAUGUCGCAAAAUUCAAAUGCAUGAUUGAAUGGUACGAAUUACCCAACAGCGCAAUGCAACGAUUGAUCUUAAUUAUCACCAUCUCAAAUAAUCCAGCUGCACAGCUGACCUGUACUUAAGUACUUUCGCAAGUGCGAUUUUCCACUGUAUGUAAGAAUGUCAUCACAAGUGAAAGUUUUUACACUUAAAGGAUCCGAAGGUAUCUGUCGCGCAUUUAAAUUUCCUCCGUACUUGUACGUUGUAACGAUCUCUCUUAACGUAUUGAUAACUUGUAGGCCAAAAGUAAAUGAAUAAAUGCACUUCUAAAUAUAUCUCCUGCUACUUUGGUGAUUAUUAAAAUUAUUAAUUCGAGCAUAGAAAGUUAAAUCUGAGCACAAUGUAGAAAUUCAAAAGAAACACUUUUUCAAUAAUGAGGAUUUCUUCGCACACUCAUUUCAUCGCACACUCAUUGCUAUUCUUUAAGCCUCUUGUCAGUGCAACCCUAACGCUCCCAACUCUAUAGAAUCACCUGCACGGUUUCCCUAUAAUUACGUUCGUCCCCUUCUCGGAUGAGUAAUAAUUGAUACCGAGAAACAGAAAGGGUUGCACGCACACACAUUAUCACCGGCAUAAGCUCACUGACCUUGCAAUCAAUAGGGCUACACUGUCUUUGAGACAGUCGCUUUCGUGCCGUCCGCGAAGAUGUACCUCUUUACGAGAGAUCAAAUGGGUCAUAAGCCGGGAAACCGGAAUUACGAACAAGACAUCGUUUUCAUAACCAAGCAUAACAAAUGGGUUUUGAAAUUUAUUGGCAUCUGGCCAUUCGUUCCUAAAGGUAUCGCAAGAUUUUUGACGAAAAUUAUUAUCGGAAUAUGUUACAUCGUGCUUUUCUUCGCUAUAAUGCCGUGUAUCCUAUACAUGGUCUUUGAAGAAGAAGAUACUGUAACGAAUUUGAAGCUCAUGGGUGUAAUGAGUUUCACCGUGUCCGCUUUGCUCAAGUACCGGCUCCUCACCGCUCGGAAACCGGUGAUCAAGGAUUGCAUCGAACAGGUGUACAUUGAUUGGAUACAGGUAGAAAUUCCUAAGGAUCGGCAGUUGAUGUUAAAGUACGGUCAAGUGGGUCGGAAUCUGACGAUUUUCUGUUCUGUGUUCAUGUACAGCGGCGAAGUACUUUACUACUUGAUCUUGCCAUACGCUAUCGGCACGUUCAUCGACGAGCAUAAUCGAACCAUCAAGCCAGUGAUUUAUCCUACUUACUCUGUUCUAUUUGACGUGCAGACAAGUCCCACUUAUGAACUGACUUAUAUCAUGCAUUUUAUGUGCGGAUGCGUGACGAAUACCAUAACAGCCGGUACUUGCGGAUUAGCUGCGCUUUUUGUGACGCACGCCUGCGGACAAAUUGAUGUCAUUCUGUCCCACUUGAACGAUCUUGUGCAUAAUGAAUACAUUCAAAAAACAUCGAUUCUGGAUAGACGUUUCAUGAACAUCAUCGAGCAUCAUUUACGAAUUUUACGGUUUUCGGCAGCGGUAGACUUCAUAUUGCGAGAGAUAUGUUUAGUGGAACUUGUUAGUUCAACUUGCAUUAUAUGUUUACUUGAAUAUUAUUGUAUUACGGAUUGGGAACAAAGUAAUACGAUUAGUCUCACAACUUAUACGGUGCUACUAGUAUCGUUGACAUUUAAUAUAUUUAUACUAUGCUAUAUCGGUGAUCUCUUGAUGGAAAAGACCAGUAGCGUGGGGCAGUCUUGUUUUAUGAUCGAAUGGUACAACUUACCUCGUAAAACGAUACAAGGACUCGUUUUAGUCAUAGCUAUGUCGGAUAGUCCAGCUACAAUUAGCGCCGGUAGCAUUGUCGAUUUAUCGUUAUCUACCUUUCUCAAUGUUCUUAAAACGUCGGUGGCCUAUUUAAAUUUUCUCCGGGCUACAGUUACGUAAUUGACUCUCUGUCUAUUCACGGUUUUUAUAGUACUUGUAGAAGAAAAUAUAAAAAGACAUUUUCAAGAUAUUGUCUGGUACUAAUUAUGCGAUGUGUGCAUGUACAAGUGUUUGAUCAUAAGAGCUCGAAGCCACCGUAAAGAAAAAGCUGCAGGUAAUUUUUUAAUCUGUCAGCGCACCAGCCCAAACACAUCGUGUAACCGUUCAGGUUCUGUAUCUUCCUUCGUAAAAGUACUGACGUGGGAGAAUUCAACUACACGAUCGACUGACACGAAUUACUCGAGAACUCACCCACCAAGGAUUAAUGCUGCAUAGCUGACUUCUUUUAAUGUAUUUCCGCAUGUGUGAUUUUCUAGAAAUGUUUCAAAUGAACGUAAGAAGUUUUACAUAUUCACAGGUCAAAGGCAAUUCGAGCGUUUAUGGGUUCUUAAGUCGUCUUUCACGCAUUUGUCUUUUCCUCAGACUGGUAAGGUGUAACGAUCUUUCUUAAUAUAUGUAUACAUAACUUGUAAGCCAAUAGUAAAUAAAUAAAUGCAAUUCGAAAAAUA